AUAUACAGUAAAAUUGGGUGAGAACACCCUGUCUAUGUUGGGGUGCAAUUACAUCUGCAAGAAGGAAGGAGAAGAGAAAAAGUGCUGCUCUGGACACUGGGGUCCUCAAUGCUAUGAAUGCCCUGGUGGAUCGGAAAAUGUAUGCAACCAACAUGGAAUCUGUUUGGAUGGCUUUGUGAAUAAUGGAACUUGCAUUUGUAAUGCAAAUUAUGGUGGCUUUGCAUGCCAACAUUGCAAGGAUGAGAAUCAUUUUGGCCUUGACUGUCAAUCUGUAUGUGAGUGUCAGCAUGGAGUUUGCAACCAUGGUCCCUCUGGAGAUGGAAAGUGUACCUGCUAUGCUGGCUACACUGGCCCCAGGUGUGACCAAGAAGUUCCCAAUUGUGGUGGUGUAAUCUGUAAAGCCAACUCCCUUUGUGUGGUAAAGAAUGGGAAGGCUGAGUGUGAAUGUAUUCCAGGCUACAAGAAAAUUGGGAUUAAUUGUCUAGCCCAAGAUCCCUGUAACUCCUUUCCAUGUUCCCCACAUGCUGUUUGCAAGACUGUUGAGGAAACCAAAUAUCAGUGCAUCUGUGCUGAGGGAUACAAAGGAAAUGGGAGAGUGUGCCAAGAAAGGCAACCCUGUCUUGACAAUAAUGGAGGCUGUCCUAUAAAUACCACCGACUGCAUUGUCCAGGGCACAGGAAAGCCAUAUUGCCAAUGUAAAGCAGGAAUGAAAAGGGAAAGAGGAGGGAUAAAUAAUUGCAUACCCACCAAUGAAUGCCCAGCAUUUUUUUGUGACAGUGGUAUAAAGUGGUGUAAAAUGACCCCUGAUGGGUUUUUCAACUGCAUCUGCUCAACAGGAGAAAUUAAUGUUGGAAGUCACUGUUACAAAACUAUCCUGAGUGAAAUCGUUAACAAAAAUAGAUAUGGAAGAUAUUCCAGGGAAUUGAAUGAUGCACUGACAUUAUUCGAUAAAGGUUGUUCAUUAGCCCUGGAGAACUAUGGGCCUUUCACAGUUUUUGUGCCUACCGGAAAAAUCUCUCCUCGAUUUAACUUCAGU